AACAGAACAGCGCGAGCUUCGAAGCACGAUGGCUUGCAACGCUCUCUCGUCGCUCAACUUCGUCGUUCCCAAGCACUUCCUCUUCUCCGAUUCCCUCCACUACGCCGCCAGAUCGAGGCUCGCGCUUCCGCCGCCGUCGCGUGUCGCCUCCAUCCCGCUCCCGCCGACGAGCGCCGACUACCUGGCGGGCGAGUUCAGCGGGCGCGGGGUGGCGUUCGAGGCCAUCGGGGACGACUGCGUCGCGAGGCUGAGCCUCGACGACGGGAGCUCGGCGGUCCUGAUGCUCCCUCGCGGCCUGGUGACGUCGUACAAGGCGCCGAUGUGGCACGGGGCGAGGAUGGAGCUGCUGCAGACGGUGGUGUCGGAGGGCGAGGACGGCGGAGGGGCCGAGGUGCGAGGCGGGGUGUGCGUCGACGUCAGCGUGGAGGGAGACGGCGAGGGCGGGCGAGUCUCGUGGCGUCCGAGGGAUUGGGCCGUUCGCGAUGUUCGAGGAAAUUCGGGUGACUCAGUGCAGGUAGAACUGAUUAGCCGUGAUUCGGAGGGCAUGGUGGAUGUAAGAUACGUGUUGACCCUUCGAGAACAAGUCUUGAGCACCGAAAUGGAAGUCUCCAAUUCAGGCACGACGACGGUCGAAUUGAGGGGUUCGAUCUUGAGCCAUCUGAACGUGAGCACGCCGGACGCAACCUAUGCCGUCGGAUUAGAAGGCUCAGAUUUCUUCAGAAGGCCUCCUUUCUCGUCGAGCUUCAGAAUAGUUCCUCCGGAAUUCGACCAGAAAAGCAAGCUUGGUUUGGGCAAGCUGUGGGAGAAGUUCAAACCUCAAGGAUUUGCCUCUGGAAACGAUUAUGGGAUGGAGGACGAAAUGGAAGGUGAAGAAGACGACAAUUAUAAGCGCCUUACGGAUGAAAUGAGCCUUAUAUACACCAGUGCCCCUACAAACUUGACAAUAAUUGACAGGGGAAGGAGGAAUUCAGUGGUAGUAGGAAAGGACGGUUAUGACGAACUAUACCUGUACAGUCCUGGUUCUCAGCACGAACACUACAGCAAGUAUGCAUACAUCUGUGUGGGGCAGUCAGCUCUCCUUAAACCAGUGGUUAUUGGUCCUGGAGAAGUCUGGAUUGGAGGGCAACAUUUACACAAUCCAAACGUCUGAAGUCCUGGAGUGGGUCUUUUCGUUGUAGGCAUUAUUAGAGCAGCGUUAGGGAACUUGAGAGCGUAAAUUAAUAUGCUUCUCUAGAAUUUAUACUGUAAUUGACGCAUAUUAAUGCCAAUUCCUCAAUCUAAA